CAGGAGAGCACCUGAGAGCGGUCAGACUCGGGGCUAGACUCUGAGAUCCUACACCGAGGGGAGGGACGUCCGUCUGAGGAGGCUGAGAUCAGCGACCCAGAGGGGCGCCGAAUGGGGAUUCUGAGGAAGCUUGGGACCCGGAGGGGCCCGUGGGGCCAUGAGUGUGGGUUCCAGAGCCCGCGUGUAGGUCUGAGGAUGAGAGCCCCAAGGGGGGCUGAAAGGUGUUUUGGGGGCUGUGUGUGUGCAGCGCUCCUGAGAAAGACGCUCUGUGUGGCGGGCAGAGGAGCGUCUGGGUGUGGGGCUCAUGUCUGGGCAGGCCCACCGUAGGGUAGUUAAGUUACAGAGGCCUCCGGUGUUUGAGACCAAGGACGUUUGCCGCUGGAUGGGGCGCAAGGCUGGAUUGUGGCCGGAGGGUGGGAAGCUUAGUGACUUCAGCGUGACCUCCCCUUCCCCACAGGACUGGGUGCUUGGAGUUGGUGCCUAUGGAGGAGCAGGACGCCAGGGUCCCAGCCCUGGAACCGUUCAGGGUGGAGCAGGUUGUCAGACUGGGGGGCGCAGAGGAUGAAGGCACCACCUGUAAUCUACUAUGUCCCUGACUUCAUCUCCAAGGAAGAGGAGGAGUAUUUGCUUCGACAGGUCUCCAAUGCCCCCAAGCCAAAGUGGACCCAGCUGUCCGGGCGGAAGUUACAGAACUGGGGUGGGCUUCCCCAUCCCCGGGGGAUGAUCCCUGAGCGGCUGCCUCCAUGGCUCCAGCGCUAUGUGGAUAAGGUGUCCGACCUCAAUCUUUUUGGGGGUCUACCAGCCAACCACGUCCUUGUGAAUCAGUAUCUGCCUGGGCAGGGUAUCAUGCCCCAUGAAGAUGGACCAUUGUACUACCCGACCAUCAGCACCAUCAGCCUGGGCUCACACACUGUGCUGGAUCUCUACCAGCCGCGGCAGGCAGAGAGUGACGACACCCUGGAGCAGCCCAGGCCCCCACCCAGGCCCACCACCUCUCUGUUGCUGGAACCUCGCAGCCUGCUGGUGCUCCGAGGGUCGGCCUACACCCGCCUGCUGCACGGCAUCGCCGCCACCCAUGUGGACGCGCUGGAUGGCGCCUCCCUGCCACCCAACUCACCCGCCUGCCCGUUGGCACAGCCUGGAGCCCUCCUGGUGCGUGGCACCCGAGUCUCACUGACCAUCCGCCGGGUACCCCGCGUGCUGCGCACCGGCCUACUACUCAGCAAGUGACUCUCCAGGGACCCCUGUGCGCCUGCCCACGUAGCCUCUGAACCCUGGGGCAGAGGCUGCCCUUGGAGUGAUUUCUUUUCUAAGUAACUGUGGGAACCAUAGAUGAAGACUCUACUCCCAAUAAACCAAAGUUUUCUUUUC